GACAGCGCGUGCGCCUUCGUCGGCGUCGCGACGUGUCCGGCGGAGAAGCGCUAUGGUGCAAGCGGACGGGCCAGCCAGCCAGCAAGGCGGGUUUCCUUACCAUUUUUUUUUCGUCAUUAUCCAAGUUUUGGUGUGAGAAAAUAACCGAUAGAGAUAUGCAACAGCAAGAAACUACGAAGAUGAUCGGAAGACAUUCCUUUUGAGAUUGAGCAACUCGCGCGCUUCCGUUUUACCGCUUUCCGAAUAAGCGGUCAUCAUUGUUUUACCCGUUCUAACUACUGUGCAGUGUGUCAUACGAUUCCCAGGAAGACUUGCAUCUUCCUGCUUCUUUUCUUCUUUCAUGGCAGAGAAAGUGGAAGGAGGUAGAGAGAGAGUCUUUGCGCGUCAGUUCACUCAGCUUUGUUCCGUGUGUUCUGUUCUGACUGAUCGAUAGUACAGACUCGGAUAAUUGGGUCGCGCACACGCGGCUAAUCGCAACUCGGGUAACGAAGAACCGCGCCUUCGUUGACGAAAAGACAGAGGAGCAGCGAGCAAAAAAGAAAAAGAGAAUUGAAGAUGGAGGAAAAUUUUCGCCGGGAGACAGAGAAGACCCCCUUAGACGUAUAGGAUUCGUUUGUAUGCCUUGGACCACGUCCACAUAUAUGAUGAAAUUGCAGUUGCUCGUUAUCGAGACGGACUACUGCUGGAGGAAAGCGUUGCUUAGGAUGGUAUUGGAUCCCAAGGCCACCAGCUUGCACAACGAUUACGGAAGCUUCGACCGACCGUUGGGCGCCGGGGAGGGCCACGAAAGGGACGUUGAAGCGGCUGUUGAUGGAAGCAGCAGCGGGAUGGCACAGUCCAGCGAUGUUUAUCAACGGCAACCACUACUGCCCGGCGCGCCGUUGUCCAAGAGCAAGGACAAGUGGUCUGGAGUGGCCUCCGGCUCGGACUACUAUGAGGACGAUGAAGAUGAGAAGGAUAUCGAAAGCCUGGGUAGACAUUCCGGGAUACCGAAUGGCUCCGGCAGCAGUAUCGUCAAAAUCGACAUGCCGGCGCCGCUUCGCGAGGAGCCGCGUUUUCCCAAGGAAAAAUGGAAAACGUUUCUCGCAUUUCUUUUCAUGGUCGUAAAUUUUAUAUUGACGACGGCUUCCCUCGCGAUGGUACAUGAGCGCGUUCCAGAUAGGAACACGUACGGACCGCUUCCCGACGUGGUGCUGGACAACGUCACCGCUCAGGAUUGGGCGCUUAACGUCUCGGAAGUCCUAAUUAUGAUCAUGUCCAAUUCCGCGAUGGUUUUUAUCAUUUUUCAUAAACAUAGAUUCAUAGUAGCUAGACGAAUAUUUCUGCUAAUGGGCUUGCUCUACAUGAUGAGGAGCAUCACGAUGUAUGUGACGGUCGUACCGAUCGCCAGUAAAACUUACUAUUGCAGCCCGAAGGCAAACAACACCAGUCCGCUUCUCGUGACGAAAAGGGUCCUGCAGCUCAUCUCCGGUUUUGGCUUGUCCAUUAACGGCAAACACACUUAUUGCGGAGAUUACAUUUACAGUGGGCAUACGGUCGUGCUUGUACUCAGUUACCUGAUCAUUAAGGAGUAUUCUCCAAGAAGAUGCCAACCGAUCCAUUGGCUAGCUGGUCUGGCGGUACUCGUCGGGGUAAUUAUGGUCUUGGUAGCUCAUGGCCAUUAUACUGUUGAUGUACUUAUAGCUUACUAUGUUACUACGCGCCUGUGGUGUAUUUAUCACACGUUAGCCAAUAACCCAAAUCUCAAGCAAUACGGACCAAAUAACUUUUUGGCCCGGCUCUGGUGGUUCUCCAUUUUCAAGUAUUUUGAGAAGAAUGUGGGCGGCACAGUGCCACGACAAUAUGACUGGCCUCUACCCUGGCCUCGACGGUUUCUUGCCAAACACCCUAACCGAGACAGUUAAUACUUGUCUUGAUUUCACGAUAGAGGCUGUUAAACACAAAGGAGUUACUUUUGUUGUAUAUAUUUUACACACAAACGCGCACACACACAAACACACACACAUACACACAUACACACACACACACAUUAUACAAACGUAUGUAAAUUGAGGCUUAUUAACGUGGAGGUAAAAGUUCGCUAAAAAAUAUACAUGAGACGUAUUGUUUUAAGAGCGAUUGCACAUUUAUUGUUGAAGUGCAUGAAUUUUAUGUUAUUCACUUCUUCGUAAUCCAAUCGUAAAGUCUUAAACACAAUACCCGUGCUCUUUCACGUAAAGUUAUCGUCCAGUCAGCCCGAAUUUACUUUUUGUUUGAUUUUUAUACAGAUUUAUACAUUAUAAAGAAUAGAUAUAGAAAGAGAGAGAUGAACUUUAUGAUAUCGUAAAGAUUCGGAUGGAGGAAGGUAUUCGAGUUAAUAUAUUGUACAAUGACACAUUCGCUUAAGGCGUUUAUAUUUUCACAUAGCUGCAAAUUGAAAGUAAUAUACUAAAUAAGUAAAUAUAGGACAAAUGUGUGUUUUUAAAAACUCGAGCGAUACUGUGCAAUAAGAAGUAUUUGUAAUCUUUAAAGGGCCAUUGUAGAUAAAUAUUAGGAUGAAAUCCAAAUCCUUCCUCCAAACGAAUCUUUGUGUCAUAUUCUCGACUUGAAGCGACGUCUUGACUUCCAAUAUCUAGACGUCGUCGUCCCUGACUUUGCAUUCGCGAUACGAAUUAUUCCGAUGAAAAACGAUUUCGCAGACAAAUUGCCAAAAAUAUACUGUAGACUCGCGUGAUGUUUAUGCCCUAAUUAAAAUUCCACCUUGCCGAUUAUCCUCGAAAUUGUUUCCUUCGUGUUUCGUCGCAGAAAAGUAUCCUAGUAUCCAGUGCUAGAAGCGAUUGUGCAAUUUCGCGGGACCAAAACAGGAACGCUUAAUAGUAAAUGUUAAUUCAUAAAAUGACAAACUCAGCAUGCCGAAUCCCGAGGAGACGUGAUCUCCAUUAUAUAGAUGUAUAUCGAUGGCAUUGAUGAAGUCUUAAUAAUAAUAUUAUGUCACUGAUCAAGGUUUCCAUAAUUUCGGUUAGAUUACCUGAUGGCCUGUCGCGAAUGGAAUUCGGACCUCUUACCUGCCAUAUACACAAAUGAUUGUCGAUUCGCAUUUCGAUCGUAUAGCCUGCCUGCAGAUUUGGAUAAGUUUAUUCGUGAAAACUUCCUAACAGAUCUUGAAUAUUUGAACUUCUAGAAGAUACAUCUCGCUCUUUUCUAGCUUCCAUUAGUCGAUAUACGGAAAAAGUAUCAUUUAUAGAAUAAUGAAGAAAAAAAAGACGAAACAAAAAGAAGAAAGUACUGAAGCGUUCGUGUUUUCACGGAAUAAGAUCGUCGUACGCUUGUGCAUACACCGGAUAUUGACAUCUAUAUAUAUAUAUUUAGUCAUAUAUAUAUAUAGAUAUAUAUAGAUAUAUGUAUAAUUAUAUUACAGAGGUAAUGUAACAUAAAUCGUGCGAGAUGUAAAAGGCAUUCGUGGAGAGAUCGAGUUACAAAAAUGACGAAUACCAUCAACCAUCAAUCUUUCGUACGAUUCUCUCUUCCUUCGUUCUUCUUGCAUUUCAUUAUAACAACUCUUUGCCUGCACUCGUUUUUUUCCAUUGGGAAAAUAAAUGCAUACUUUACGUACGUACACUAUAGAUUAGAUCUAUACUGCAUGUGACGCAAACUAUAGAUUUAUGGGAGAAAAUGAACGCAGGCCUUGCAUCUCUUGCCCUGCUCUUUUUCCUCGUCUGCGGAAAAAGAGUGACAUGAUUUAAUAAUGUCGAUGAAAAUGCCGCAGUUCUUCAAAUACUUGUAUAGACGAUUAUGAAUCUCAUUUAAUAAGGUACAAGUAAGCGGUAACAAGUCGCGUGACUGUUUAUUUUCCUAGCAUCCGAUGAGAAAGUCGCAUGUGUGUUGUAUGCAUGUUGUAUUGAGUAACAUUUAAUCGUAGCUUAAAUUGCGUUAAAGGUGACUCGUUAUCUUGUCCACCUGUGAUGAGAUCAACUUGUUGAAUCUCUGAUAAGAAACGCACUUGCAACUCUACCAAUUUUAGUUGAAUUUUUGUUGUCUCUUUUGUGUAUCUAGAUUGAAUAAAUAAUAAAAAAAUCUCUUACAACAUACUUCGCGGAAGUUUACGUGUAAAUUUAUAUUUUUUAUCACAUGAUUUAAUCGAGCAAUUAGCGAUGCCUUAAAUUGCGUGUAAAGCUAAAUUAUUAUACAUAUAUUUUUUUAUUAUUCAUCGGAUUACGAUCAAACGCGUUUGAUUGAACAGAAUUCGCGUAAAAGUUAUAAGAAAGGAGAAUGAUAACAGGGAGGAGGAAAUGCGAUAAUGUUGUUAGUAGUAUAAUUAACUCUUUUCCGUCUGUGAUGAUAAAUAAAAGAAAGAAUAAAUCGCCGUCGUGUGAUCUCGCGCUCUUAAUAACGUAGCAAUCGACUGGCGGAUCAACACCGAUGUGACCCUUACGGCCACCUGAUAUUUCUUCUUGACAUUCAAAUUAUAAAUGCGUGUAAACUGUUAAACAUAUAUUUUAAUAAGAUUAAUGUAGUUCGUAGUGAAACUUCUAACUGGCAUUCGCGCAGCGCAUUCGACGUGGAACAGAUGAGUAUUUAGGGGUAUAUUUUUGAAAUAAUAUGCAUAAUGUAUAUAGGCGCAUCCUCAGCUGAUACGUGUAUGUAUAAAGCAGCGACGUCGCUAAUCGUAUUGUACGAAUGUGAGAAUGAACUAAGCCGACAGAGAUGUACACAUUCGAAUAUAUAUAUUUGCAGAGAGUGAUAUGUAUUGCGCGCAUUUACUUGCGUGUGUAUACGUACACACAUACACAUAUACACACAGACACAUGCGCGUUUCGCAUAUCUGCAUUACUAUUGUUGCUCUUCGGGGGCGGGAUACGCUUCAUGUGCGGCGAAAAGAAUUUCGGUGUAUAGAGCUUAUUGUUAGAUCGGCCAGGCGUUUAGGAGAACGAUAUUUUGGAUGGAGACCUGCGUAAAAGAUGUAAGCCAAAAGAUUUCCUCAAGUAUGCAUAUGUAUAGAUAUAGGUAUACGCAAACGUGACGUGUGCAUAUACAUACUUUUACGUGUACAUGUACAAAUAUGUAUUAUAAAAAUGAUAUAUUUACACGCACACGAUAAGGGAAAGCUUCUUCUAUUGACGGAAAAGCCUCUCGUUGAUGUUAAUUACAUAAAAGGUAACAAGUAUAUAUAUAUACAUAUAAUUAAUAGAGUUCGUAUAUAUAUAUAUUUAAUUACAAUUGUGGCACAUGCACGCUCUCGCGCGCAGAUAAUUGCGUGUUUAUAUGUAUAUACAUAUAUAUCUAUAUUUUUACGUGUAGAUAUUUUUUGGUAACUUGUUACAAUAAUGUAAUUAGUUAAGUAUAUAUACAUAUAAUAUAGAAAGAAAAAAAUAUAGGCGUUGUAAAUAUAAACUAGUAGCAAAAGAGCUUUUGUUAUUAUGUGAAAGCUAAUCAAAAUUUUGUUACCGUUAUAUGACGUACAACAGCGUUUUUCGAUUGUUCGCGCGACAUAAUUGCGGCUCCAUGUAUUAAACUCCUCGAUAAUUGAAUAAGGGACGAUGUAAUUUCAUUUCCGUUAUCGAUGUACUGUACAUAAGAACAUCAAUGUAUGUGCAUCUUUAUAAUUAUUCGUCAUAAAAAAACAUCGAUAUUAUUACAAUGAAGAACAAGUUGUGUAUUUGGCUUUACUUUAUAUAUAUAUGUGUAUAUGUACAUAUAUGUAUAUGUAUAUAUACACAUAUAUAUGUGUAUUUAUAAUAUUUAUUACAUUUUUCAUAUGUUGAUGUAAUAAAGUUUUCGGUAUACUUUA